CUGCUUUUAGGCCCCAAAAAGGAGAAUCUCCUCAUCAAGUUCCCCUCGUACAAAACUGCCGGAGUGGAGUUUCAUGAGGAGACGAACGCGCAGGGACACAAAUGCUUCCGAAUGAGCGGAGGCAAAGUGGAGGUCGGUGUUAAUCGAUGUCCUUACCGCCCAGUCGCAUCAAAACCUAUAAACAUUGUCGUCGUGUUUCCUCCUGGCCUCUCCGGAUCGAAGAAAUACUACGUUCAUCUUGAAACUCGCAUUGGUAUCCAUGGAAAACCCGAGAGAUGCGUAAACGCCGAUAGCAAUGGAUGCGGAGGCAUCGGAUCAUGCGUUCAUUGUGAUAUCUGCGAGACAAUGGGCGGCUCUUUGAAAAAUUUUGUUCAAAUUUUCCAAGGAAAUAAGCCAGCACAGUGUUCAAGUCAGGUUCUGGUGGUAUUACCAGAAACCAACAAAAAGCAAGAGCAUUUCUUCAUUCCUUUUCCGGAAAUAGUGUUCGCUGAAUAAAC